AUGUCAAAAUGUGAUUAUUGUUGUAUUCGUCCAUCAUCAUUAAUAAUAAAUUGUUUAAAAUGUAGUCCAUAUCGUCAAAUAAAUAUUUGUUUUAAAUGUUCAAUUAAUGUUAAUCAAUUACGAGAACAUGCUAAACAUCAUCCAUUAUCAACAUAUAAGUUAAAUGAUAUACCAUUGGAUGAUAAUUCAAUAAGUUCAUGGUUAUCAAAUGAUGAAAUAAAUUUAAUUGAAAUAAUUGAAUCAUGUGGAUUAGGAAAUUGGAAUGAUAUUGAUUAUAAAAUCUCUCGAAAUGAAUUUGAUUCUCAAAAUCAUUUUGAAGAUAUUUAUUUAUCACGUUCAACAAGUCCAUUUUAUAUUUAUUUUCAAUCAUUUAAAAAUAAUAAACAAUUAUAUGGAGAAUAUUUAAUUAAUAAAUCAAAUAUUCAAAUUAAAUAUUUAAUUUAUCCUCCAAUGUUAAUUGAUAGUGAACAACAAAAAUUAUUAACAUAUUUACCAUAUAGAGAUGAAUAUGAAAGAGAAUAUUUAAAUCAAGCUGAAAAUCGUUUACCUUUUUUUAAUAAUGAUCAACUUUUUCAUCAAUAUAAUCAACAACAACAACAACAACAAGAACAACAACAACAACAAACACAACAAGAUGGUUCAACAAUAUUAUUAGAUAAUGCUAAAUUAUCACUUUUACGUUCUUAUGGUCAAAUAUUAAGAAGAAGAUUACAAUUAAAAGAUUUUAUUAGAGAUUAUGCUCUUGGAUUUAAUUAUUCACCUGAUCAACAAAUGGAUCUUCAUCAAAUAAGUCGUUUUUUGUCUGCUGAUCAAUAUGAAAGACUUAUUUUCAAUCAUCGACGUAUUCGAACUUUAUUAGAAGAAGUUGGUUGUUCAACAUCAUCAAAUCAAGAUAAUGAUCAAUCUCCAUCAAGAAAAAAAAGUUCAUUAUUAAAUAAUGAAAAACGUCGUCGUCGAUCUCCAUCAAAUGUAAUUGAUGAAUGUUCAUCAAUAUGUUCAAAUGAUUCAAAUGAAUCAUUUGAAUCUUCUAGUCAAAUAGAAGAAAUAAAUUCGAAUUUAAAACGUCGUUCUGUUCGUCGUGUAUCAUCAUCAUCAACAAAUACAUCUUCAAAAACAACUUUUAAUAAAGAACCACUUUAUAAACGAAGAAGAAUUUAUCAAUCAGAUAAUCAUAAUUUGUCUCAAUCUCAAAGAAUGACACGUUCAACUGGAUGUAAUUUAACAACAUCUGAUAUAAGUUGGGAUUCAACUGAUGAUGAAAUAAAUCAUUUAUCAGAUAAUUAUUCUCAAUAUGAUAAAUCUACUGUUGCUUCAAGAACACGAAGUCAUACACCACCACAUUAUUAUUAUGAGAAAAAACAAACAAGAAAUUCUCCAAAUGGAAAAAGAACAAAUAAUCAUAUAAAUGGUUUAACAAAAACAAAUAUCUAUGAUGGAUCGGAUCAAUCAACAUCAACACCAAAAAUCAAUCGAAUGUUAACAAGACAUCAACUUGUUGUACAACAAACAUCACCAAAUAAAAAACGAAAAAUAAAUUCAAAUUCAAAUGAUGAUCAACAUUUUCUGAACUAA